ACCAAUUACCAAGUUUUAAAAAAGACUCAAUUUUUGUCAUGUUUGAGACUUGAGGAGAAACAUUGAAAGAGAAAGAGAGAGGAAAAUGGUUUAAGGGUGUUAGUUGUUAAUUUUGGAUAAUUAAGACUUGAGUCUAGUUGUAACAUUUUGAUACGACCCCAUGAAAACUUUUCUUAAUAUUAUAAUUGUUUUGUUGUAGUUUCUGUUCUGUUACUAUUUUUUGUAAGCUGUUUGUUUCUUGUACUUCUGUUAUGCGGACCUUCCCCAGACCCCACUGGAGUUAUAGUGGAUUUGUUGUUGUUGUAAUUUGUGAUGUUUGUAUACAUGUAUCUUUGUGCUGCUGCAUGUUGUUGAGAAUCUUGAAUUUUUUUAAUUAAUUAGUAGUUGCCUUGAAUGUUUCUUACAGGCCUUUUGGUAGGUAGAUUAUUUAGUAUUAUAAGUAUAUUGUAAGAUUUUGUUGGAAUUGUUUAUAUAGUUUUUGGACAAGGAGUGGAGGUCCAUAUCUCUCCACUUAUGCAUGUCAAAAUAUAGUUUAGAUGUAUUAUCAAUUGAUUUGUAUUGGAAGACCAUUUGAAUGUCUAUUUGAACUGCUAUCUCCUUUUGAAAAACCUCUGUCCUUACUUGGAUAUGGUGUAGGAAACUCUUGAUCCUUUGUUCUUGCUGUGUACCUCAUCAAGGCUAAUAGGUACUUUUCCCUGUGUGAUUCUGGUUGUAUUUUAUACUUUUCUUUUGUGUUUUGGAUGUAUGUUGCUCGGACUCUUCAAAAAUACUGACGGAUAGGUGUCGGAGUCUCCAAAAGUACUGCAUCUUUUGGAGGAUCCGACACGUGCAUAGCAGUAUUUUUCGAGAGUCCGAGCAAUAUAAAUGGAUAAAAGGUGCAAUCUUUAACGAAUUGAAAACGUAGUAGGCCUUGGGAAAUUAAGGAAGUGGAAGAGGGUUGUGUCAUAAUUUUACCUUUUGCUGUGGGGAGGCCGGUGCACUAAGCUCCCACUAUGAGCGGUGUCGGACCACAAUGGUCUAUUGUACAAAGCCUUACCCUGCUCGAACCCAGGACCUCUAGGUCACAUGGCAACAACUUUACUAGUUACGCUAAGGCUCCUUGCAAUUUUACUUUUCACUGUUCUAGUGACCUGCAAAUGAUAUUUUGGUUCUUUCCAACUCUUCUUUUUUGUUGUUUCAAAUGGAAGUGUUAAUUAUGCAUACUUAUAGCUAGCUGAGAUCUUGAGACAUGAGCCUUUCAGAUGUUGUAUUAAUUGUGUAUACUUUCCAUCUAGCUAAAAAAAUUCUGUUUUCUUCAUUGGCCUUUUGCAUUUUCAGGUUCUGGUGAGAUCUUGUUGCUCAAUAUUUAGCUAAAUGGCUGGAAGAUCCUUCAAACCUUCAGACUCGCAACAAGGUAAGCCUCCGGGCGUGACCUUUGCAAGGAGGACUUCAUCUGGUCGCUAUGUGAACUUGUCUAGGGACUCCCUGGAUAGUGAGAUCAGUGGUUUAGAGUUUGCAAACUACAUGGUGCAUAUGCCUCCGACACCUGAUAAUCAACCUUUCGAUCCUUCCAUUUCACAGAGGGUUGAAGAGCAGUAUGUGUCGAAUUCCUUGUUUAGUGGUGGAUAUAACAGUGCUACUCGUGCACAUUUGAUGGAUAAGGUGAUUGAUUCGGAAGCAAAUCAUCCUCAGAUGGCUGGUACUAAAGGGUCUUCUUGUGCUAUUCAAGGUUGUGAUGGAAAGGUCAUGAGUGAUGGCAGGGGUGAUGAUAUCCUCCCUUGCGAAUGUGAUUUCAAAAUUUGUCGGGAUUGUUAUAUUGAUGCAGUCAAAAUCGGAGAUGGGAUGUGUCCCGGUUGUAAAGAGCCAUACAAGAACACUGAUUUAGCUGAGAAUGAUGUGGAUCCCUCUAGACAACCUUUGUCAUUGCAUUCAAAUGUUGGGAUGUCUAAAAAUGAAAGGAUGUUGUCGUUGAUGCGAUCAGCUAAUAAGUCGGCCUUAAUAAGGAGCGAGUCAGGGUUGAUGAGGAGUCAAACAGGAGAUUUUGAUCAUAAUAGAUGGUUAUUUGAGACUAAAGGAACAUAUGGAUAUGGGAAUGCUAUAUGGCCAAAGGAUGAAGUAUUUGGAAAUGACGAAGAUGAUAACAUUGGUGAGCAUUCUGAACUUCUCAACAAGCCUUGGAGGCCACUUACGCGUAAGCUGAAGAUACCUGCUGCAGUACUCAGCCCAUACCGGCUUUUGAUUUUAAUUCGUGUUGUUGUACUUGGAUUAUUUCUUCAAUGGAGGAUCAGCCAUCCCAACAAUGAUGCUAUAUGGCUGUGGUAUAUGUCCAUAGUCUGUGAGAUUUGGUUUGCAAUUUCAUGGCUGCUUGAUCAGCUUCCAAAGUUAUGUCCAGUCAAUCGUGCUACCGAUCUUACUGUCUUAAAAGAAAAGUUUGAAACUCCGACCUCAACCAAUCCCACUGGAAAAUCUGAUCUUCCGGGAAUGGAUAUAUUUGUUUCUACAGCAGAUCCAGAGAAAGAGCCGCCACUCGUUACAGCAAACACAAUACUAUCUAUUCUUGCUGCUGAUUACCCUGUUGAAAAACUUUCUUGCUAUGUAUCUGAUGAUGGAGGUGCUCUUUUGACUUUUGAAGCAAUGGCAGAAGCUGCAAGUUUUGCCAACAUUUGGGUCCCAUUUUGUCGUAAACAUGAUAUUGAACCGAGGAACCCGGAUAGUUACUUCAGCUUGAAGAAAGAUCCUUACAAGAACAAAGUACGUCAAGAUUUCGUCAAGGAUCGUAGACGUGUGAAGCGCGAAUAUGAUGAAUUUAAGGUUCGAACCAAUGGCCUUACUGAUUCUAUUCGCCGGCGUUCUGAUGCCUACAAUGCUCGAGAGGAAAUUAAGGCUUUGAAGCUUCAGAGAGAGAGAGCUGGAGAUGAACCUUUGGAACCUAUCAAGAUAACUAAGGCCACUUGGAUGGCAGAUGGAACUCACUGGCCCGGAACUUGGAUGGUAGCUUCUCCCGAGCACUCUCGGGGUGAUCAUGCAGGAAUCAUACAGGUGAUGUUAAAACCUCCAAGUGAUGAAGCCUUGCAUGGUGCGACAGCUGAUAGCAGUAUGAUUGAUUUUACGGAAGUUGAUAUUCGGCUCCCCAUGCUGGUGUAUGUUUCUCGUGAGAAGCGUCCUGGCUAUGAUCACAACAAGAAGGCUGGAGCUAUGAAUGCAUUGGUCCGAGCAUCAGCUGUCAUGUCCAAUGGCCCUUUCAUUCUAAACCUUGACUGUGAUCACUACAUCUACAACUCAGAGGCAAUAAGGGAGGGCAUGUGUUUUAUGAUGGACCGGGGUGGGGAUCGUCUUUGUUAUGUCCAGUUCCCUCAGCGGUUUGAGGGGAUUGAUCCCAAUGAUCGGUAUGCAAAUCACAAUACUGUUUUCUUUGAUGUUAAUAUGCGUGCACUGGAUGGACUUCAGGGUCCUUUUUAUGUGGGCACCGGUUGCCUCUUCCGCCGGACUGCUCUGUAUGGUUUUGAUCCCCCACGAGCAAAGGACCGCCACCCUGAUUGCUGCAGUUGUUGCUUUGGGAGGGGUAAGAGUAAGGCCAUUGUUGCUGACGAAACGAGGGGACUUAGAAUGGGAGACAUUGAUGAUGAGGAUAUGGAUCUUGCUUUGUUUCCUAAAAGAUUUGGAAACUCUAGUGUCCUCAUUGAUUCAAUCCCGGUGGCUGAAUUCCAAGGUAGACCGCUCGCUGAUCACCCUUCUGUAAAGUAUGGACGACCUCCCGGUGCACUAACUAUUCCAAGAGAACUUCUUGAUGCUUCCACUGUUGCUGAAGCAGUCAGUGUCAUUUCGUGUUGGUAUGAAGACAAAACUGAAUGGGGCAAUCGAGUUGGAUGGAUUUACGGAUCUGUUACUGAAGAUGUGGUAACAGGAUACAGGAUGCAUAAUAGAGGUUGGAAAUCGAUAUACUGUGUGACAAAAAGAGAUGCAUUCCGUGGCACUGCACCAAUCAAUCUCACUGAUAGGCUUCACCAAGUCCUACGAUGGGCUACUGGUUCGGUUGAGAUCUUCUUCUCACGCAAUAACGCCUUUCUUGCUAGUCCAAAGAUGAAAAUUUUACAACGGAUUGCUUACCUCAACGUUGGCAUUUACCCGUUCACUUCAAUAUUCCUGAUUGUCUACUGCUUCCUCCCAGCACUCUCACUUUUCUCCGGUCAAUUCAUUGUUCAGAGCCUUAAUGUCACAUUUCUCGUGUACCUCCUUGUCAUCUCAUUAACUCUCUGCAUUCUAGCUUUGCUCGAGAUCAAGUGGUCUGGCAUUGCUUUGGAAGAUUGGUGGCGUAAUGAGCAGUUUUGGUUAAUCGGAGGCACGAGUGCACAUCUUGCAGCUGUGUUUCAAGGUCUACUAAAAGUGGUUGCUGGCAUUGAAAUUUCAUUCACUCUGACAUCAAAAUCAUCCGGUGAUGAAAAUGACGAUGCAUUUGCUGAUCUCUACGUCAUCAAAUGGACAUCAUUGAUGAUUCCUCCUAUAACAAUCAUGAUGGUUAACUUAGUUGCGAUAGCAGUUGGCUUCAGCAGAACUAUAUACAGCACAAUACCACAAUGGAGCCGUCUGUUAGGAGGCGUUUUCUUCAGCUUUUGGGUGUUGGCUCAUCUCUAUCCUUUCGCGAAAGGACUAAUGGGACGAAGAGGAAGAACACCAACCAUCGUGUUCGUUUGGUCCGGGCUCAUUGCCAUCACCAUUUCCCUCCUUUGGGUUGCAAUUAACCCCCCUGCAGGUAACACUGAAAUUGGAGGUUCAUUUCAGUUCCCUUGACAACUUUUCUAUAAUGGCAUAGUAACAAACUAUGAAGGUACAUACGAACUUUCAUCGAAUACAGUUUUCUGCAGAAUUCUAUAUGUAUCUAUGAGAUCGAGUAUGGAAUUUUGUUUACUCAAUUAGACUUAUUCCACAAUGAAUUUCAAAAUUAUUCUUUUAGUUAUCUUUUCUUGAUUUCUAUUCUUUGAUAUAUGGAGAAAAGUGGACAAAGGGAAUUGAUUGUUAUGUAAUCAGAACCUCAAAUUGCA